AUGAACUCAGCAGUGCCGACACUCCGGAUGGGUCAGCCCAUGACGGGGCUCCCGAAGGCGUGCGUCCGGUCGAUAUCUCACAGCAGCAAGCCGCGCAAGGCGUCGACGGGGUUCGUCGGACCCCCUGGCCACGGCGAGAAGAUUUGGAUAUGGAGUCAUAGGAGGACAGAUCAGACCAUCUAUACGCUACGGAACCGUCUUGAUAUCCCCUACAACGGCAAAAAGCUCAAGCCGGCCAAGCUCCGGCCGGACUACUGGUCCCGUAUGGCGACGGUCGAGCUCCCCCCCGGCCAGGGCGUCAUCGGCCGCUCCAUCUACCAGAAGCUCCGGGAGCUCAAGAAGCUGCAUGAGCUGGAGUGGGACGACGACAUCCGCGUGCGCCCCGAGUCCGACUUUAGCAAGGCCGACGUCAAGCAGGCCAAGAAGGCGCUCGAAGAGGGCCGCGAGUACAGACCGAUGCGCAGCAAGAGGGAGCGCGGCGUCGCCCUCAACGCCCAGAAGAAGAACUCGAUCGCUGACCUGGCCGCCGUCCUUGCCGGGCAGGGCCGCGGCAACAGGCUGGUCACCUCGAACGACGAGGCCGGGGGUGAGGGCGCCGGCGAACUCUUGCCCGUCACCGUCAACUGGGCCAACGACCAGGACAGGAACUACGCCGAGGAGUGGUCGUCAAACGUCACGCACGGUCUGUACGAGGAGCCGUCGUAUGUGGCUGAUGAGGUCUGA